AGUUCUCCCUGUGAUACGUCCCAUGCAUUUAUGUCCGUACCUGCUAUGGAGAUAGACCAGAAGGUCUGUACAAGACUUAUCUAAGGGAGGCCUGGUCAUUUGCUGGAGGGGAGCAGCCAAAAGCAGCAGAAACUCUGGAAGGGUCUGAUCUGAGGGUGGUCUGCAUGUGCACAGUGGGAAGAUCCCAGAAUUGCAUCUGAUCUGCCAAGCAAGUGUGUGGAAGAAAUAAACAGAAAUUGGAUCAGGUUGUCCUGGGAGUUGGCCUAGGCUCUGCCAGACAUGGUAGGACAUCUGAAUUUACAAGGGAUGGAAGACAGUUUGAAGGACAAGAAUCGGGAAGGGUUAUUGGAUAGUCCCGAUUCUGGCCUCCCACCGAGCCCCAGUCCUCCUUUCUAUUCUAUCUCUCCUGGCAUUACUGACAGCAGAGCUGAGGGCAGCAUUACACCAACACAAUACCAAGGAUAUGCCUACAAGAAGGAAAGCAAAGAGGGAAAAGUGAUUCCAUAUCUUCUCCUUAACAACUCCCCUCCGGAGUCAAGGCCAAGAAUGCACCCGGUUGUGUUUGGGGAAAGCAUAGAAGUAAAUCCAGAGCCAGUCCAGGAAAUCAGGUGCAAUUCAGAAAUAAAAUAUGAUUCAGAGAAGCACUUUCGAGAUCAUGUGUUUUAUGCCCCAAUUCCAACUGUCACCUCUUUCAGUGAAACAAUUAUCUCCACCCCAAACUGCACGUGGAGAAAUUAUAAAUCUCAGCUACUUUUUGAGCCACGCAACAAGCCUCUGAGGUUUCAGAGCACAACCAUCAUCUAUCCAAAACAUGCCAAGAACAUUUACAGAACAACGCUCAACUACAACUGCGGGGGGCCAAAAAAAUGGUUUGCCUCCAGUGUACAUCUGGAACUGUGUGAGGAAACAAGCCCUUGUAUUAUAUACACUGAUGAUUUGUAAUCCAGAAACAGGUUUAUCACCAUCUCUUUAAAGAGCCUACAUCGUAACAUUGCGAACAUCGAAGAGAGGCUCUACAGUCUGCAUUGGAAAUUCUUAGAACUUUUCUGACUAUGAGUAAAACCGAAGACUUAGACGCUGGAACUGGGUUAACCAGUAUGAAUCUUAUUGAUAAUUUCUUGUAUUUUUUCCGUUUUUUCAUGUUUUUAGGUCAUAUGUGAAAUCAUAAAGAAUUUGACUCUAAUCAGAAGAAUUUGUUGAAAGGGUGGAUUGAGAUUUAUUGUUAAGUCUUGAAUGGAUUCCGAAGUUCCUUUGACUUUCAUGCAGUGUGUGAUCAUCUAACAAUCCCUGCAAUGACCCGGGGUGAAACUAGGGAAAUAAUCCCUCAACAGAAAAAGUGCUCAAAGUUCUAUAAACUUUUUUGGGGAUACAAUGUGUACAAGAGAAGCAGGUCGGGUGGUCAGCUCUUAUACAGAGGGAUCUGUGCAAUGGGUGGCUUGGCAAUUUAUCAGCUACCGAAACUAUUAAGAAGUUGGAAACAUUUUAAAACUUUUGCAAGUUAGUUAGAGAUUAGAAAGGUUGAUUUUGGGAAGGAAUGGCAUGACAUUUUCAAGGAUAAUUUCCUCUACCACUAGUUGAGGAACCAGUACAUUUUACCUAAUAAUACUCUAGAUAAUAUGUUGAUGGAGAACUGUGUUUGAGACAAUAACUUAACACAUUCAUUUAAAGGGGAAUAUAUCAGUGGCCUGAACACUGACCCAGGGCAAAUAUACCGUAAAUUGACUCUUUGAUUAAGUAGUCGAAAAGAUGUACUUUCCUAAUAAAACAUGUAAAUUGCCACCGUUUAUCACCAUGUAAUUUUUAGAUGCAAUAUUCUAUGCAAAUUAAUUUCUUAAUCUAUCUGUAUAGAAGUGGGAACUCACACUAGGGGAAGAUAUAGACCACAGAUAAUUAAUAAUAAAAUGGUUAUAGAGGGACAUUGGAGCUCUUUAUGAAACUGCUUUUAAUAUAUUUUAAGAAAUUAAUCAUCACAAAAUUGUGGUCCUAUGUAGAUAAUAAGGGGAUUUAAGGGCAGAUAUUCACUUAAGGAAGAGUCUUAUUUGUUGGUUUGUUUGGCUUCAUUUGUUCUGUUUUACAUUCCAGUGUGAAAGAGUCCUAUAGUUUUGUACAUGUGAGGAUUUGUAUGUACAUUGGGUAUUUAUUUGUUCCUCAGAUUGGACAUGAGCUCUCAAAUAGCUUGAUGAUUUCUGAUCUACAGCUAUUAAAAACUGUUGGAAUUCUACAUAACAUAUUUUUGAGGUGUAUUCUCCUAUUGUCUAUAAUUGUGGAUAAUUGCUGUCUGUGUUCUCAAAGUUUGUAUUGUGGAAUGGUUAUUCAUGACAUGUACAGUAUGUUAAUAAGUACCACCAGGCAAUUCCAAGAAGUGGACAAUACAUGACUGGUGUACAGAAGAUGGUACUUUUCAGAAUGACUUUUGAAUUGUAAAUGGAUGAAAUGACCUUUUAAAGUAAAAUGUAACAGUAACAUCAUUGAGUGUUAAUGAAUAAUAAACUUUUUUGUUUUUACAUACACAAAUCAAAAAAAAUAUAUUUUUUUAAAUGACCAUUUUAUAAUAGGGAACACAAUAGGGAAGAUUUAUGAAUAUUGGUGCAUUCGUGUACCAGUCUCUGCCCCUGUGAAGCGUGCUCAAUGUUGGUGAACCUGACAUAGACUUAAAAGGACUUAACACUUUGAUCAAAGGGACAUUUGAUGCAUCAUUAAAGCCCCGGCCACUUUUUACCUGACUUAUUUGUAUGUGUGGCACAGGGGAUUCAUAAAUUAGAUGUUCGGCCAAAAUGUGUGAUUUUUUUCAAUACAUUUGUGCUAAAAAUACAUUUUUAAACCUUGCCCUUCUGUAUGUUUUUAAAAUUUAACCAGUUGAAAACACAAUGAUGUACAUACAAUUAUUACGUUUCUGCAACAUGGCUUCUAUCAGUGUGUUACUAAUUUAUAUGUUUGCAAAGUGAAUUUCCAAUGAUAUGUAUAACCACCAAUAUAUUUAUUGCAUAUUCA